AUGACUCACAGGCAAGAGCAGCUGCAAGGUGUGUGGGGGGGAAAUCCCCCGCUCCCCCCAAAACCUCACACUUUGGUGCUUUCCUUCCUUUAUUGCCCGCCCUGCGCCCCAAACGUCCCAGGGCGCCUUGCAGAAAAGCAUCCCAGAAUGGUAGAAUUGGAACGGGACCCCCGAGGGACAUCUAGUCCAACCCCCGGCCAGGCAGAAACCAAAGCCCAAGCAUCGGUUUAGGGAAGCUUUUAAUAUCUGAUGAUUCUUUUUUUUUUUUUAAAUAAUUUUUAUUAAGGUUUUAAACAACAAAGAAAGAGAAAAAAAACAUACGCAAUACAUAUAACAACAACACACACAAAAAAAAACACAAAAUUCAACAAUAAAAAAAAACAAAAAACAUAACAAUUAAAAACAAUAUCUCUUUUCCAUUUCCAUUUUUAAGUUACUUAUUUUCUGGACUUCCUCAUACCUCCCUCUUUUGUAUUCCAAACCAAAUUGUUUGUCCAGCAGUUUCUUUUCCACUUUUUUAAUCCCAAUCUUUAGUUUGAUAAAAUAUUAAAAUAUAUAACUUCAACUUCUUUAAACCUAAUCCUUGGUCUUAGUAUCAUAUAACGUUAAAAUUUUCCCUCUUAAUAUCAAAUUUCCAUUUCUUUAAACAUCUUUAAUCUUAAUCUUUAAUCUUAGUCUAUCAUUAACUUUAACCUGUACAGCUGGAAACCACUUGUUUUCAGUCCAACAUCACUCUAACAUUCCUUAAUUUUGCAGUGUUUCUGAAGAUAGUCUUUGAAUUUCUUCCAAUCUUCCUCCAUCGACUCUUCUCCCUGGUCACGGAUUCUACCAGUCAUUUCAGCCAAUUCCAUAUAGUCCAUAAGUUUCAUCUGCCAUUCCUCCAGCGUGGGAAGUUCUUGUGUCUUCCAAUACUUUGCAAUAAGUAUUCUUGCUGCUGUUGUUGCAUACAUAAAGAAAGUUCUAUCCUUCUUUACCACCAUUUGGCCGACUAUGCCCAGGAGGAAGGCCUCUGGUUUCUUAGGGUAAUAUCUGAUGAUUCUAGAUUCAGGUAGGUAGCCGUGUUGGUCUGACGCAAUCUAAAUUAAUUAAUUAAUUAAUUAAUUAAUUAAUUAAAAUGUUCAGGAGCACCUUAGAAACCAACGAAGUUUGUUCUGGGUAUAAGCUUUCGUGUGCAAGCACACUUCUUCAGAUACCUUCUGAUACUUCUUCAGGUCUCUGAAGACGUGUGCAUGCACAUACCCAGAACAAACUUAGUUGGUUUCUAAUAUUUGAUAAAUUAUUGUAUUUUAAUAUUUUGUUGGAAGCCGCCCAGAGUGGCUGGGGAAUAAAUAAAUCAAUUAUGAUGAUGAUGAUGAUUAAAUCUCUGGCCGGUGGCCCUUGGGACGGCCUGGAAACACGCGCUGCAUCAAGAAACGAGUUCCCAGCCCUGGAAAAACAAGGAGGGGCAGCAUUUUUCAAAAGGAAAAAUCAAAUUAAAUCAGGAAAUUACACUACACGCCUAAAAAACCUUUCCCACCCAUCUGAGGGUCUCAGGCCCAGUGCAGAGGCAGCAGGAGGAGGAGGGCGGCCCGCGAAGGCCUCCCACGCGGCCCCCACCCUCCCGCCCACGGAGCAGCGUGGCUCGGGCGCCCCCUGGAGGAGAAGAGAAGCCGCUGCAGCAGAGCCCGUCCAUCUGCGGCGCCCGAGAACCUCACUGGCUGGAGGGAUGCGGGAAAGGCGGGACCUGCGCUCCCAUUGGCUCGCUCGCCGCGAGGCCCGUCCAUCUGCGGCGCCCGAGAACCUCACUGGCUGGAGGGAGGGGGGAAAGGCGGGACCUGCGCUCCCAUUAGCUCGCUCGCCGCGAGAGGCCCGCCCCUCCCGCCGUGCUCUGCGUGCUCGAUUCUGAAGCGGCCCCGCCCCGUCCGCGCAUGCGCCGUGAGGAGAGCGCCAGAGGCCGUGCGCUGCGCUCGCUUGGCCCGCUCGCCGUCGUCGCGGCCGCCGCGGAGGAACCGGUGAGUGGCGGAGGCGGCGACCCCGACUUCCCCCCCCCUCAGUGUCCCGUCCGCGGCCCACUCCACCCGCCCUCGUCGCCAGGGAGGGGCCCCGUUGCCCCGGCAACCCCCGCAGGCCCGUCGCUUGUGCGCGUGCGCAGUCCGUCGCGGGAAGGAAGGGGGGGAGCCGAGGGGGCGCGCGCCUCUCUCUCCGUCUGUCUCGUGCACGCGCAUCCCGUGGGCCCCGCCCUCUCCUCGCGACGGGGGAGGGGGAGGGGGCCGCUUCUGCGGCUGCGCGGUUUGGCGGGGCCGGGACUUUUAUUCCGGUGGGGGGGCGAGAGGAGGUGGGCGGCGCCAGGAAGGUCACGUGCAAGGCACCCCGAGGUCAUCCAGCCGGACCCCCGGGCGAUGCGGGACUCGGCAGCCCGAGAACGGGAAGGGAACAAGGCGAUCAAGGACUGCAAAGUGUUUUAAAUAUCCGUAUCAUAGCUGUCAACGUUUCCCUUUUUGUAAGGGAAAUUCCCUUCUUCCUAAUAGGCUUCCUCGCAAGGAAAGGGAAAAGUUGACAGCUGUGAUCGCUGCGAACAAGUGAACAGAUUAGCAGGACCUGGAUAAAUUCAGCAGCAUAAGAGGAAGGAGGCGAUGGAUAGUAGAGCCUGGGAACUUGGAAUACGCGGAAGAGAGCAGAGAAGGAGGGGAAUGGAAGCCCUUAGCAGGCAGGGCCACACUCGGCCCUGCAAAUGCAUUGGGACUACAAUUCCCAUCAUCCCUGACCACUGGUCCUGUUAGCUAAGGAUGAUGGGAGUUAUAGUCCCAAAACAGCUGGAGGGCCAAGUUUGGCCGUGCCUGCAAAGUGUUCUUGUGUUGAGACCUUCCAUCGUUGUGGUUUCGUUUUCAUUUUUCUUCUUUCCUGAUUCUUUUACUGUAUGUAAAAAUGCAAUGAAAAGUACUAUAAAAGAAAAGGAAUUGGGGCUAAAGAAUAAUAGAAUCAUUGAGUUGGGAGGGACCCCAAGGGUCCUCUAGUCCAUCCCCCUGCAGUGCAGGAAUCUCAGCUCAAGCAUCCAGGACAGAUGGCCAGCCUCUGCUUAAAACCCUCCAAGAAAGGAGAGUCCACCACUUCUCCAGGGAGUCCAUUCCACUGUCCAGCAGCUCUUACAGUCAGAAUUUUUUUCCAUAUGUCUAUAGUUGGAAUGUCCUUUCCUGCAACUUGCCUGGUGUGUUUUCCCAGUGGCCAGCCAGAUCCCUGGCAGAUCCAGACAGCCACCCCACCUCUCUGCUUAAGAGCCUCCAGCGAAGGAGAGAGAGUCCAUCGCCUUUCGAGGGAGCCCCUUCCACCAUAGAAGGCACUUAUCCUCAGGAAGUUCUUCCUGAUGUUUAGUUGGCAUCUCCUUCCUUGCAGUUGGAGUCUGUUGCAUCAGGUCCUCCUCUCUGGAGAAGCAGAAAGCAAGCUUGUUGCUUCCUCCAUGAGACAACCCGUCAGAGAUUUCUCCUCUCAGUCUCUCCUCCAGGCUAAACAUACCCAAUUCCCUCAACUGUUCCUCACAAGGUUUGGUUUGCAGACCCUUGAGUGUCUUAUCUUGUCUCUAGUUCUCUUAGACUGGGGUGCCCAGAACUGGACACAGGACUCCAGGUGUGACCAAGGCAAAAUAGAAUAGUGCUAGAUUCAGGUAGGUAGCCUUGUUGGUCUGACGCAGUCGAAAUAAAAACUAUUGUUUUUCCUGCCAGAUGCAGAAAUACAGGAUCUCAAAGCAGCUGUCUUAUUACAAAAGAAUUUCAGAAAUAGACUUGAAAGAGAAGUUGCUGAAUUACAACAUAUUACUAAACUGAAAACUAUGGAGAGACCUGGUCUGAAUAGAGAUACGUACUGGAUUAUUGUCUCAUUACACGUGCGAAAGCUAUUUUUUGUCAUUGCUUACUAUCCCCUGUAGGACUAAUUGCAGUUGUUAACAGUCACAGGUUUACCAUACGCAUUGAGCCAGUCACUCAUCUCCUACUACCUUACUGAGAAAAACCCCACCAUCCCACUAUAUAUAAGGGUCUGGUGACUUCUGUUUCAGUGUAUCUGAAGACCUGACACGAAAGCUUAUACCCAGAACAAACUUAGUUGGUCUCUAAGGUGCUACUGGACAAUUUUUUAUUAUUAUUAGAAUAGUGCUGUUACUUCCUUUGAUUGUGGUGCGAGGCCUCUGAGGUUGUAGUUCUUUAGCUGUGAUUCCUGCAUUGCAGUGGGUUUGACUACAUGACGCUUGAGAUCCCUCCUAACUCUACAGUGUUAGGAUUCCGUCAUCUAGCAUAGCACAUUGCAAAUGUUGUGUCUGGCAGAAAAAACAGUAGUGGUCUGUCAAGAAGACCCCCAGCAGUUUACAAGGGAUCCAUAGGAAAAAUAUUUAGGAUCCCCUUUUCUACCCCAGUGAAACACUUUCCAUUAUUUGUGAUGGAAAGGUCUCUGGUCCCCUGACAUGAUGCUCCAUGUAGCUCUGGAGAAUCUUGAUGCUUUUUAAAAUCCUUCCAUCAGGAAGUUUUGCUUGUGAAUUUUGUUAAGAUAGCUGAGGAGGGUUCUUCCUUCUGCCUGCUUCCUUUGCUGCUGAGGUAUAAAAAGGGGCAAAUUGCUUCAGGCCUAGCUUGAAAAGUUACAUGGUUUUACAGAAAUGAAAUAUUAAUCCCACUUUGCAAUUAGAUGGACUGGUUGGAUUUUUUAAAAAAAAUAAUCCUUAAAUAACAAAUCCGUGCUGUAGCAAUUUUGGAAUUAAAAGCCAUAGAAAAAAACUAGAGAUGUUGGUGUUAGACUUUUUCAAAAGAGAAGGACCGGGACGCAAGGUUGACAAAUAGUUCUGCUAAUUUCUCAAGCUCUGUGUGUGCGUUUUGCUGGUUGCCGGGCUCCCAUGGCAAAGUUCUGCUUUGGAUAAGGAAUUCCCAGGUUGCGCUUCAGAAGUGUGUUACUUUCUUAGUUCACAAUUCUGGACCCAACUGGAUGUGACGAUGGAGAAGUUUGACUAUAUCUUGUCUUUCAGCAUACGCAAAUAGCAUCCCGUGAGCCAAGUCAGAACUGCUGGGAGCUUCGCAUUCCUUGGCACUCCAUUUUCCAUAUCUCUGUCAUUCCUUGUUGCAGUCUCAGUUGUAGCCUGUAUGCAGACAUUUUGCAAACUCGAUAAAGAGAUUUGGCAAAAAUGGGCGGCACCGAGAAUGGUGUGUCCCAGAGGAUGCAUGUAGUCAGUUGUUGGCAGGAGGCAGCGGAGAAGGCUAGCUAAGAAUUGUGAGACUUGGCUAAAUGGUUAAACGUUGCAAGUGGAAGUGCUGAGCUGCAUCAUGGUGGACGGAAGGAAGGGUGUGUCACAAAUCAUAGCUAGACCUCACUAUUGUGCAGGGACACCAAAUCACAUUUCUGUGGGAAGAAGGUCAAGCUGAGCAUCCCUGGAACGUAGGCAAUAGAUUGUAAAUAUUAAGGGCCAGCAGAAAAAUGGGGUGUUGGGCUGCCCUCAUGGGGCUUUAUUAGGAAUAGCAUCUUAUUUUGUCCUAGUCCUCACUUUACCCACUGAGCGGGGAGCUGUAAUUUGUUGUGGAAAGUGUUGUGUCUACCGAAUUCAGGAGCUGCUUUGGGCUAAUACUGUUGAGUUUCUCGUUUGCUUACCUAAAGAACUACUCUAUUGAAAUGUGUAUUUGGAUUUCAUCAUUUUAAACAUUAGCUAGGAACGUAUUUAAACAUUCUGAAAGAGCCAAUAUUUUCAGUGUACCUACUCAUUCUCCCCACAUUUCCAGUUUUUCUGCACUGGGGAGGGAAGCCCUUUUCCCCUCUGGCCUUUCCCAUCUCUUGGACCUGCUGGGGCCCCCACCUCUGGAAGGCUAGAGCCAGACUCUGAUCCCCUCACAGUCUGAAAUCACGGCUGGCCUCACGGUAGACAAGUAAGUAGCAUGGCUUUUGACACAGAACAUUUUGAUGCGCCUGCAGUCCUUCAGGAGCAGAAGAAACACUCUUCUUAUAAGCUGCCUGCCUUUGAUUUAAGAUGGGAGGCAGCCUAUCAUCUUGCGUGGGUACCUAAGACCAAAUGUGAAAGAGGGCAGAGGUGGGGGGGGGGCUUUGUCUCUCCGGCAUGCUACUCAAUAAAAGACGCUGUGGACCUUGACCUCCAAGAGUGUUUUUGGCUCUGCCUUUGUCAUCCUUUCAGCUCUCUCUGGGUGUCUUGUCUUCAGUCCCCCCCCCCAAUACACACCAGCAGUGCUUAAACUUUGUGCCAGUAUGUUACACUGAGCUCCCCAGUGUUCACCCUAAGCUGCUGCCCUAUCGUGGACUUUGUUUUUCAAAUCCUGCAUGGACCCCCCUGCUCAUUCCCCGUGGAAAAGGCAGCUUUCAGAUCUUCAGCGCCAGUCCUCACAGGUAAGCUGAGGCAUGUUGGGGGGGGGUCCUUUGAAGAGCCCUUGAAGAAGUCCCUGGACACCUUGUGCCACUUGAGUUGGGCGAGAGCCAGCCGAGAGUGUUGAUGGAGCGGAAACCGCUGCCGUGCGAUGACUGGCAAACGUGCGGUUUGACCUGGAGGCUGGAUUGCUGCCAACAUCGUCUCAACAGCUCCAGAGGUGGAAGGAAAGGAGGGGAGCAGUGAGCUGGGCCUGGCUGCGGAGCAAAGCAGGCUGCAUGGAGGAGCAAGACGUCCGCCAGCGGAAAGGCUGCAGCCCUGUGCAUCGGCGCCUUUGCAGUUCCAGAUUUGUACAAGCUUCCAGGAAGGCGAUAGGCUCUUCAGCCACACAGUAAAAAUGGAAGAGUGAAAGAGAAGAUGCCGUGGAGGGUUUCAAAUAGUUUUUGCAAGCAAAUUUCAGGGUUUCAAUUUAUGCUGUUUGACAAAACGAGCAGGAAAGAGGUGAGAAGAUACAGUUGACUGAGGGUCAACGUACAAGUGGAUGCUUGAGAUGUUUCAGAGAGAUCUCAUGAUGGGACAGGAGGCAACCUGGUGGCAAGUUGAAUGCGCAGUCGAGCAGUGCAUUGAAUAGAGCAGUGUGUGAAAGGGCCCACUGAGGACUAGCUCCAUAGGGGUGGUUCUUAAUCAGAUAUUGCCAUCGUCUUGCCUCGGGGCCCGAUCCGUCACUUUCUUUUCAGACUCGAGAGUGAACUGGGGCAGUAAACAUAUUAGGAUGACAUGGGACCCCAAAGCACAGGAUCUCUUCCACCGAUUAUGUAAAGCAGAAAAGGCAAGAAGGCAAACUUGGAGGCGCUCGCAGCCUGAGGGGCAUGUAAGAAAAGGGGACUCUUUCCAAAGCAAAGCAGGAGGCUUUUGGUCUGACCCGCAAAUGCACGACACAUUCAAACAUUACUAAAUUUAAGGGCUAGACUUGGCUGUGUGGAAAUAGCACCAGCCCUCUGCUAUUUCUAUCUAAUGAGAGGUUUGAAAAGGCCAUUAUUCUGAAGGGACAGCCACUUCCAUAGCAAAAGAUCUACCUGUGUAUGAGUGGGAGAAAGAGACUCAAAAGGGGUGACUCCACGGCAAGAAGGACUGGAUGCCUGGGCUUCCUUCCCUCACUCCCCACAAAAAGGAAAGUUGCCAUAUCUUCAGGGUCACAUUUUCCUUUUGCUGCAGAAAAGCGUUACAGGAGGGCUGGUUCUUAGGCUUUGGGGAAAUGGAGCUGGUCAGCUGUUGAAAGGGCUGCACCUCCAAAUAUUUUAUUCUAAAUAUUUACUACGUUUCCUACGAUGGUGCUGUGCAAGUGAUAGAAAAAAUGGUAGGAAUUGUUGGUUGUAAUAUGUAUCUGAUUUCCCCCCAGUUCUUUUUUAGAAGUAAGUUUUUAAAAAAAUCUCGGCAUGCAGGAUGAUAACACUGAUAUUUCACUCUAGCUAAUCUAAAUAAAACUAUAAAACUAUCAAGUUCAGAUGUGUUUUUUAAUUGUACUUUUGAGUGGUUAAAAAUACAGAAUGCGUUGAUAGUCACUCUUUUAUACCCAACUAAUCGAAGAAAUGGGCUAAAGCAUUUCUCUCCCAGUUUCCCAGCUGUGGUGUGUGGUUCUUUUGGGGGGUAAACAAAUUGCACCUUCUCCAGGGCUGUUUUCUUUCUCCCACCCAUCUGUGUUUUUUUGGGGGGGGUGGAGUGAAUGUGUGGUGGAAGAAGGUGGCUUUUGACCCUGUGGACCCGCAGCCUCUCCUGCCCAUCUCCUUUCCGCGCGCUCUGACUUCUGAGAUGCUCCAGCCCCAGGGGAGAGGGAGGCUUGUGCGGUCAGACCUCCCUCUCUCGGGUUGGGCCUCUCCUGAGAUGGUGCUUGCUGUGACUUCUGGGUGCGUCAUCUAAAAGAAAAAGAAUGAAAAGGAUUUGCUCUUUUCAGAACUAUUGCUUCGUGCAUGUGUAACUUGAUCCAGGUCUGGUUGUUUUCAAACUUCUGGUUGACAGCCCUGGGUAUUAUCACAUUGCAGCCCAGUAGCCUGAUCUGGAGAUGUGUGUGUUCUCCCCCCCCCCCCGCCCUCCUUUCCAGCACCUUCAUUGGCCUUGUGGCGUAGCUCCAGCACCCUCCUGUCCCUUCGGAUCCCUUUCCUCCUGAGCAGUUGCGUGCUGAGCGAACGUGGCUUUGGGAGCCCAGCUUGCUUCACAGCAACCGGGGUGGGGGCUGGUUGGCCGCCUGCCGGGUUUGCCUGGGCUUUGGCCUCUGUUUCCAGCCUGUGCCUUUGGGUCAGUUGGAGCAAAAAGCUGGCUCCUUCCUUCCUGGAGCUUGCAAUCGGAGGAUGCCGUCAGCCGACAACUUCACUGUACUGUAUUCCUGAUGUAAUAAAGGUUGUUUCAGUGACAGCACCUCGUGGCGUGGUCUUCCUUGCACCCUCUGGCUGCCUUUGAACGUUGAUGCUUUCUUUUCAAUAUGCUGACGAUCUUUUCUUUGUUCCAUAGCAUUGAACAGACGGGUUGAUUAUUCUUUUCAGAUAUUAAUAAAGCAGCGGGAAGAAGAAAUAUGAAUAAGGCUCCCUCAAGGUCCAGCCCAGCACGAAGGUAAAGUACCGAGAAGCAUCAAGUUCCCCUAGGAGUUUGGGCUCAGGGCAGAAAUGCACCUUCCUCCGCGGACGGUGGAGCUUCUCCUCGGAAGGGAAUCCCACGAGGAUUCUGCGAUUCUUCUUGGUUGCAGCCUUCCAGGCGGCAAGAUCGUUUUGCCGCCAGGCUCCUCCCAAGCUCGGGGCAGGUUGCGGGCAAGGAGAGCUGCAGCCUGUGUGACCCGGGGCGUCCCUGGCGAGCGCCUCGGAGUCGAGAGCGUCCCUCGGGCUGUACCACGAAGGAGAGGGCAGCAAGAUUCCUUGCGCUCAGGGGCAGAGGCUGAAUGCCGGGGAGUGCUUCCUCCCCCGUCCCCGUGCUGGCAUGCUUUUCCGUUGCAGGGACAUUGCCCCCGAAGAGAGGGGCACAGAUAACAUCAUCUUGGCAAGAGGAUUCUCCUGUCCUCUCUUGGCGCGGCGUCACUGUGUGCCCAUCGUGCACGGGCACUUCUCUUGGCAUCAGUACAGAGCUGUGCACAAGCCCCAGACCUGGCUGCUGCUUCUGCUAGCUCAGGAGCCGGGACAUCGCCGGGGUGCCAGUGGCCAAGGCGCAAGCAGAAGCCGGAGCAUCACCCUUGAUGUUAUCGGCUAGCGCGCUAGCGUGCACCAGGGCACUGCUUUGCUCUGAGCGCUGUGGGCAGAGCGCACGCGAGGGGCAGGCAUGGCAUUGCUGUGGGUGUCGGAGGGGGGGAGGAAGGGAUGAGCGGAGAAAGGGGCACGUGGCCACAACCUGCCUGAGCUCUGGCACUCCCAGGGGUCUGCCUGUACCUCUGGAGCCUAGCGAGGGCAUUCGCAGACCUACAUGAGAGGAGGGUGCUGGCUUUCUCCCCAGGGAGGUGCCCUUUCUGGCUCUGUGGCAUUUCUUGGGUUCCCCUGUCAAGAGCGCAGUUCAGCUGAGCUUGCUGAAAUCCAUUUCAAACGCCACUCGUAUGAAGCCUGAAGAAAACAUGAGAAGCUCUGCCGCCGUCCCUGAGCCUGGGGAGAACGAAGCUUGGGAUCUGAAAUAAAGAACCGUUGCGCAGUGCUUGAGUUCUUGGUAACGUCCAGGGUUGGCCCUGCGUCCGAAGGGUGCUGGUUUAUUGCGUACACAUCACUGACGGCUCCGCUUGGCUCCAGACGAGGAGUCCUCCGACUGUCCCACUUCCUUAACUUCUCCGGGCAUUCUGCCUGUCCACAUUCUCCUACUGUCCACAAGGUUUGUUCCAUAAGAUGCGCUGCUCUGCGGUCCGGGACCGCCACCUUUUCCGAAAUGUGAGAGCUCCCCUUCUCCUGCUGUACCUGCACAGGCCGUCACUCACUUCUUUUGUUUCCUGAUCUUGUUAUACCUCUGUGGUUAGAAACAAAUCCCGAGGGAGCUUUCUCCCCCAUUGAGCGCUGAGCCCAGCCCAGGGGCGGAUGUGGUGGUGGAGCCCAUUGCCAUUGCAGGCUCACUUCAGACCAACUCAAAGACGUCUGGGGGGGGGGGGAGCCCAUCUAGAAGAUUAAGCUGAGGGGGUGCUCAAUGCUGAUAGGCUUGUGCAGGAAUUGACCAAGGCCCCGUUGUCCCUGGGGUGAUAGAACAAUCUGGGCUGCACCACUGCAAACCGCCAGGGGGGACUUGGGUGGCUGAAGCCUCCUUCAUAGGAAUUCUUCCCUGCACACAGAAAGCUAGGUGUUGGAAAGGCUCCGGCGCAGGCAUCUCCGUGACAAGGUGGUUUUGUAUGUGAGGAGAGGAUCUUCUUGUGGGAAGGUCACGCGUCUCCCCGCCAGUCUUGGAAGCAGGAGAGCCCAGCGGCAGGUUGGCACUGGGGUGAGAACUAGGCCAGGAUCCCUUUGCCUUCUGAAGCCAGGCUGCGGAUAGUAGUAGUAGUAGUAGUAGCAGUAGUAGUUUAGUAGUAGUAGUAGUAAUAAUAAUAAAUUUAUUACUUAUACCCCACCCAUCUGGCUGGGCCUCCCCAGCCACUUUGGGCAGCUUCCAACAGAAUAUUAAAAACACAGUAAAACAUCAAUCAUUAAAAGCUUCCCUAAACAGGGCUGUCUGUCCGCUGUUCCUCUCUCAAGUGCUCCCAGACUCUUGUUCCAGGAGGGGCCUUGCCCUGGCAGCUGGGGACGACCCCGCUGAUGGCGCCCGCUGUCUAAAGAACUUUCCCCGGUGCUUCUUGCAGAGAGGCCUUGCCCUACGGAGAGAGAGAUGGACAACGCGACCGCUCUCCAAACCGCCACAGCCUUCCGAGAGACGCUCAAGAGAGCCGGAAUGGCAGAGAUUCCCGGGGUGCCGGGGUGAGAGAUGUGCGCAGCAGCGGCAGAGAGCCGAGAGACUUCCGGGACCCCAGAGACCUAAGGGACCCUCAGGACACCCGAGAGCCGCUCUACGAACGCUAUAGGGAGCCUCCCUACAGGUAUGCAGGACCUGGGAGCCUCCUGGAGUGGCACAAGGGGUGGGGGGUGCUGUUGGGAAUGGCUCUUGGCUGCUGCAGUCGGAACAUGUCUCCCCGUGUCUGCCUUGCAGGCGAGAGGAGGGCUAUGACCGCUAUGCGCGCCCAGACGACUAUUACCGAAGGAAGGAUGACCAGUACUACGACCGCUACAGAGACCAGUUGGACAGACCCACCUUGAGCACUGAAGGUGGCUAUUGGAUCCGUCCGUCCGCCCGAGGCUGGUGGGAGCGGGGUGGGCGGUCCUGCCAGGAAGGGGAGGGGGCCUGGUGAGAUUCUCUGCCCUGACCCUGGUGACUCUUCCCUCAGAGCGCAUGAAGCGGGAGGAGCGGCGGCGGGAAGAGCUGUAUCGCCAGUUCUUUGAGGACAUCAAGCGGCGCAUUGAUUCGGAGCGGCCAGUGGACUGCUCAGUGAUUGUGGUCAACAAGCAGACCAAGUAAGAGCUUGUCAGGCGGGGCCACGGCCCUCAUUGUCCCCCCAGUUGCUGCUCCUGCAUUCUGGCUGUUGUGGGGCUGGUUGGUUGGCUCUUUCUAGGCACGUGUCCCCACCGCUUCAUGGCAUGUCGCCCUCAGAGCAGGUGCAUACAGUCAAAGUAGAGCGAAACGCAAAAGCGCAGGCUCUACGAGUAGUAAAUGAACCCACCAGAUUCUGAAAGAAUAAAACCAUCUCUACAAACGCCAAAAACAAGGGAGCCAUUUCAUCUUGGCUUUGCUGGCCAGAUCCUGGUCGGAUUCUAGCCUUUUGGGCCCCAUGUGACGGGUGCAUGGAGCCAUUCAACUGUCAAUCACCUGACAUCACAAUGGCAUUGGGUGAUAGAGUUCUUUGAAGUCCCAAAACUGGGACUGCAAGGCACCACUCUGAGCUUGCAAAGAGUACCUGAGGUUUCUGCUUUCCUGCGCAUUGGCUGAUGGGCAAUUGAGCCGAAAGCUGCUUCUGCAGUUGUUGGCUGUGGGGGUGAGCGAAUCCCCCCCCCCCCAGCACUCACUUGCCCAGCUGAUUCGUCCGACAGGUGGCAGAGCCAAGCCUGAUUCCCUUGCUAAUGCAGAAACAAGAGGACACUUCAAAGCUCCCAGCAGCCCCUUGGCCACCAUGUGCCUACCUGCCAGCACACCUGACGCCACCUGGGAUGUCAAGUGUGGGGCAGGCAACUCUGGUUUGGGGGAAAGGAUCUUGUGGUCCAAAUUUGAACCCCUGGCUGGCCAUGUUUGCCUCACAAGUGGAAGAUUCCUUACUCCUAACUUCUGUGUUCCACUUGGCGCAUGAGGAGGAGCAGAGAGAGGCGCCGGCAGUUUGAGGCGCAGGCUCAGGUGCAGCGGCUUCUGUUUUGCGCAGGGAGUACGCAGAGUCCGUGGGGCGCAAGGUGCGCGAUCUUGGCAUGAUGGUGGACCUGAUCUUCCUCAACUCGGAGAUGUCUUUGCAGCAAGCCCUGGACGACGUGAGCAGAGGGGGCUCCGCCUUUGCCAUUGUCAUCACCCAGCAGCACCAGAUUCACCACUCCUGCACCGUCAACAUCAUGUUUGGCACCCCGCAAGGUGGGGGGGCCGGGGGGGGCUGCAGCUGCGGGCAGGGCUUUCCCCAGAGACACUUGUGCAGGGGGCUGAGAGCACAAGGUUGGCGGGCGAGGGGCUGCCGCUUCCCACAAAGGGGGCCUGUGCCCCAGAACCCACAAGAUGCUCAAGUCGAGGAGGAGGAGGAGGGUGUCUGCUUUGGGUCUGCUGGCUUGUGAGAGCUGGAACCUGUGUAUGUUUUCAGAAGAAUCCUAGAACCGUAGAGUUGGAAGGGACCCCAAGAGGCAUCUAGUCCAGCCCUGCCAUGCAGGACUCUCAGCUAAAGCAUCCCUGAUGGCUUUCCAACCUCUGCUUAAAAGCCUCCCAAGGAAGGAGAGCCCAUCAUUAAGAGGAAAGCCCCCCCCCAAAGCAGGGUGUCUUUUUACUGUCUCUUUCUCGCACAAAUGUGUGCACCCACAGCCCCAGUUAAUCAGCAAAAUUCAAACUGAAUUGAAACUUCAGAAUUCCCUUUGCAAGAGGCAGGCAGACGCCAGAGCCCUCUAGACUGGUAGGGGAGGCUUCUGGCUGCAGGGAGAGCGGCUCUCAGGAGACCCGGCCGGGAGGAGGGCUUUUCCUGCCGCUGUUUCCCUGGCGCCACAGGGGUUGCUCACGCAUGACCUUUCCCGCCGCAGAGCACAGGAACAUGCCGCAGGCGGACGCCAUGGUGCUGGUGGCGAGGAACUACGAGCGCUACAAGACGGAGAUCCGGGAGAAGGAGCGCGAGGUGAUUGCCAGGCAGGCCGCCAAGAUGGCCGACGAAACCAUUCUGCAGGAGCGGGAGCGCCCCCAGCAGGGGGAGGAGGGGCUCCGUGGGGGCCACCCCCCGGGCAUCCAGACGCUCCUGAACUUGCUGUGUGACAACCGCUACCUGACCUCCGAGGAGACGGACAAGAUCAUCAACUACCUGAGGGAACGCAAGGAGCGACAGCUGAGAGCCACCACAGACUCCCAUCCGGGUAAGUUCUCUGCCAGGGAGACGCCUGCCCUCCCCACCUGCUUGAACCAGGCCUACUGCAUUUUGGCCCCCCAGAAGCACUACGUGGGGCUACCUUUGAAGGUGACUCGGAAACUGCAAUUAAUCCAGAAUGCGGCAGCUAGACUGGUGUCUGGGAGCGGCCCCAAGACCAUAUAACACCAGUCCUGAAAUAUCUACAUUGGCUCCCAGUACGUUUCCGAGCACAAUUCAAAGUGUUGGUGCUUGAAAGCCCUAAAUGGCCUCAGUCCAGUAUACCUGAAGGAGCGUCUCCACCCCCAUCGUUCUGCCCCGACACUGAGGUCCAGCGCUGAGGGCCUUCUGGUGGUUCCCUCCCUGCGAGAAGUGAGCUUACAGGGAACCAGACAGAGGGCCUUCUCCGUAGUGGCGCCCGCCCUCUGGAACGCCUUCCCAGCCGAUGUCAAGGCAAUAAACAACUUAAAAGACACCUGAAGGCGGCCCUGUUUAGGGAAGUUUUUAAUGUCUGACGCUGCAUUGUUUUUGAUAUUUGGUUGGGAGCCGCCCAGAGUGGCUGGGGAGAUCCAGUCAGAUGGAUGGGGUAUGAAUAAUAAAUUACUAUUAUUAUUAUUAUUAUUGUUGUUGUUGUUAUUAUUAUUGUUGUUGUUGUUGUUGUUAUUGUUAUUGUUGUUGUUGUUAUUAUUAUUACACUAAGCCUGUAAUGGGGGGCAGCUGGGGCUCCAGAGACUUAAACUGGCCUUUCCUUCCCCGCAGCUUCGCACACCCGGCAGCCCCUCGGAGCCUCUUCCGGGUCUUCUCUGGGCACCUCGGCCAGCCUGAGCAGCCCCCAGAGCUCGCAGGCCCUCUCCUCGGCCCCCUCGGCCCCCGUGGCCUCGACCCCCCAGCAGGAGCUGCAGGCCAAGAUCCUCAGCCUCUUCAACAGCGGGGCAGCCAUGGCCACGGCCAACAGCAGCUCAGCCGCAGGAACCUCCCAGAACACCGGCUUCUCCACGGGGCCCAGCACACAGAACCGGCCCGGCGCCACCGGCAGCGGAUUGGGCCAGUCUCAGCAGCGGGCCCCGGCCCAGGGCCCUCAGUUUUCUGGCCACGGGGGUCCCGCCAGGGGGGUAGGCCCUCGGGCCGCAGCUCCCCAGGCCUCGCAGCCGCUGUACCAGAACCGCCCGCCAGCCCCCAGCAACGCUUCCGCCUCCAGGCCGGCGCCGUCUUCCGGGAUCAACUUUGACAACCCCAGCGUGCAGAAGGCCCUGGACACGCUGAUCCAGAGCGGGCCGGCCCUCACGCACCUGGUGAACCAGACUGUGGGGCAGGCGCGGGCCGCCCCCUCCUCCCAGCAGCAGCUGAGCUCCUACCAUCGGCACUACUGA